AUAUUCUGUAACCAAAUAUUUGUCUUUUUAAUCAGAAAACUGGAAGAUUAAUUCAUCAAACAUAUCCGUCAGGGUUAUCAUUUAAAGCUACCCAGGACAUAUGAACGAUCAACAAUCAGUUUUACUGCUUAUGUGUUGAACUGAUGGGUUAAAUCAAAUUAAGUUAAAUGUAUAGAGAAGUAAAUGUUGGAUCGCUAAUACUGAUAUUUGUUUCUGCUGCUCACAUACUUUGAAGAGAAUGUUCUGUUUUUUGUUUUAUCUGACACUUGAAAUUACUUUUCCUUCCUGUUUUUGGAUGCUACACAUUUAAUGCAGUUCCUAUUUUAAAUAAAUGACAGCUCAUAUUCUUCUUCAUAGUUUCCCCCAGCUUUGCUCAUAUACUGAGCUAACAUAAUAAAUCAUAAAAGGGUGCUUAUUGAGCUUUUCUUUGUUUUGUUUUUCUUCAGACUACACCGCAUCACUUCUUUUUUAUAGAUGUCAUUCUGCUGAGUAGAGAAUAAAAAAAUGCAUAACCGCGCGUUGCCAGAAAGACAAAAGAAACAGAUAACAUGACUUGAAAUGUAUUCACAUUGCAACAAAUACACAGAAAAAGGUGACCUUCUAAGGACAAAUAAAACAAUCUCGCAUGCAGCAUGUUGAUGUUCCUCUCGUGUUAAUCCCAUCUUGUGUCACUCUGUUGCCCACGCUGUGUUACUGAGCAUUUCCUCAUUUGCAGUAAGUAAAGUACCACAGGACAUGGAGGUGUCUCUGCCGCAACGUGAGCCUGGAUAUUGAUUCACUGCCAGACAUGGAGCACUUGAUCUGUUGCUAAAACAUCACAAAGGGAAAUAUGGGGGAGAGCAUCGAUGUGAAGGCUCUGAGGGCCCGCUUCAACAACAAGGCCAGCACCUCGGACACCAGCAGCCGAGACAGCGGCUCCCCAAAGUCCCCAAGACCGGGGUUUGGGAGAUCAGUUUUGCCAAUGACUGAGAACAAUCUGUCAAAUCACAGACUGUCCCCUACGGUUCCUCCACCAAUAGCUGGCCCUGGCCUGGUGAGGUUCCCCAGGACAGAACGAAUAGUUCCACCCAGACCUGCUUUCUCCCCUCGACCAUCUACCAGUCCUGGAGUCAGAGGAGCAAUCCAGCCGACAGACACCGGUUGUGUCAAGCAGACUGGCGAGAUGCUACAGAACAUGAUGCUGAGGCACCAGAGACCUCCAGCAGCCAAACCAGGACCAGUUCCUGCACCGGCACCUCAGGCUACUGCACCUGCUCAUACCUCUAUCCCUCCACCGCGCCAACAGCCGCCCCGGCAGAGGAGCACAGGGGAAGUGACCCCGCUGAGAAGGCCCCUGCCCCCUGAAGGACCCCUGCCGCUAAAACCCAGACGGCCCCCAAAUGUUAACCUGGAGCCCUUUAGGAGGUCAAACCGAGGACCGGUCCUUCAUAGCCCGAGAAAACAGGAGAGUUCUCUGGACUCAGAGGCCAGGGGGAUUUCUUUACCUGCAAUACCCAGUGUUCCACAACCACCUCAAAGAUCCAACAAACCCAGCAGGCUGCCGCACCAAGUUGCCUCCAUUGACAUUCAGGACACUUAUGAUGACGUUGCAAGCUUUGAGAAAAGUGAGUCCUGGAGUGACAACAGUUCACAGUGUUUGGAUGGGGAAGAUGAUGAAGUGUAUGAAUCUAUUGAUGAGGAUCAGGUGGAGGCAAAUCUGGCAAAUGCUAAGAAGAAAAACAAAAAAGAAGAAAAAAGGCAACGGGAGCAGGAGAAGAAAGAACAGACAGAGCGUCGGAAAAAAGAAAAUGAGUUGAGAAAAAACUUUCAGUUGCAAGGGGAGGUGGAAGUUAUUCAUGCAGCAACUAUCCGGCAUGACUGGCAUGGAGGAGGUAAACUGGACCUUAGUGUACGACAAGGCGAGAGUGUAGAGAUUGUCCGAGUUAAGGAUAACCCAGGAGGCAAAUGGUUAGCUCGCACUCUGAACAGAAACUACGGAUACAUCAGUAACACGUGUGUGGAUAUUGACUAUGAGGCAGUGAAGCGGAAAUUUCUCAAGUCCAGAAAUCCAGAAAUGUCAUCAUUACCACCUCCACCUCCAGACCCCCCACUGAUGCUCCCUAUGGAUUCAAAUAACAGGGACAGCAUGAUCGAAGAUGACAAUGACUAUGAUGAUGUUGAAGCAAUGUCUGAGGACUUCCCCCCACCACCGCCUGAAGUUAGCAUAGAUCCUAGACUGAUUAAGGAACUAAGAAAGAAAUUUAAGUAUGAAGGGACGCUCAACGUGCUGCACACCAUGAUGGUGGAUCCUAAUAGUGUCAUUAAGAAGCCAGGAGCGAAUUAUCUGCAUGUGACUCAGGGAGAAGUUCUGGAUGUCAUUCAACUCACCAGCAGCAAGAAAGCUCUUUGUCGUAACCAGUUUCGAAAAUAUGGUUAUGUGUCCAGAUCUCUUCUUCUUCCAAUGGAAGGGGACAUUUAUGAUGAUGUUGACUAUGGAGGCGACAUUUAUGACAACGACUCUCCUCACGCUAAUAAUUGAAACACGGUCAAGUAAUCGCAUGGACUAACACAGAGAGGGAUAAAUGUGGAGAGAAGGAACUAACUUUAUCAGAAAUAACAAUAAUGAGCAACAUAAAACCAUAAAUCUAAUCAUUUGGAUGAACAUUUUGCCUUAUUUCACUUCUCUACUUGUAUUUAACUAAACAAGAUUUAAAACUGUAAAUACAACAAAAUGUAACAACUGGCUUACAAACAUACUCCUACAAAAUAAAAUGAUAAAUACAUAUACACAUAAGCUGUGCUGAAAAUCAAACUUGUCAUCAUCACACUGUUUGUCAAACUGCUUGUACAGAAAAUGAAUACACUAUACUGUCACUUUGUGUAGUGCUUUAACCCUGAGAUUUUAUCAAAUAAAUGAAAAAAACGUUUUUUUCUGGUCAGUGUAUCGUAGUAUGAAAUAUUUUUCUUUUAUGAAAUAAAAUAAAUGCUUCAACUCCUGA